CUGGGAAGGGGGAAUCCCGCCCCGCCCCUUCCGCGCUGCGCCGGGGCGCAGCGCAAAUAUGGCGGCGGCUGGCACGGGCCGGUGAGGCGGUACCGGGCGGAGGCUUUAGGGUGUCAUGGGCUGUGGCGGCGGCACCGCCCCCGCGUCUCCCUGAGCGGGGCGGCAUCGGGUGGCCUCAGCGCUGAACCGGGAGAUGGACGAGAGCGGUGAGCUGGGCGGUCUAGAGACCAUGGAGACCCUCACGGAGCUGGGUGACGAGCUGACCCUGGGGGACAUCGACGAAAUGUUGCAGUUUGUCAGCAAUCAAGUGGGAGAAUUCCCUGACUUGUUUUCAGAGCAGCUGUGUGGCUCCUUCCCUGGUGGAGGUGGCAGUGGCAGCAGUGGAGGUGGUGGCAGUGGCAGCGGAAAUGGCAGCAGCAACAGCAGUGGCAACAAUGGCAGGGGCAGCAGUGGUGGGGCCGUGGAACCCUCUGUGCAGCGGUCCUUCAGCCAGGUUCCAUUAUCUUCCUUUUCACCUCCGGCUCCUUCACCCCAGGCUCCAGCCCUGCAAGUCAAAGUCCCUCCUACCACAGUUCCUACCCCACCAAGGACAACGCCUGUUCUCCAGCCUCGACCCCAGCCCCAGCCCCAGCCUCCAGCCCAGCUGCAGCAGCAGACAGUAAUGAUCACCCCAACAUUCAGUACUGCACCUCAGACGCGGAUCAUUCAGCAGCCUCUGAUAUACCAGAAUGCAGCCACCAGCUUUCAAGUCCUUCAGCCUCAAGUCCAAAGCCUGGUGACCUCCUCCCAGGUGCAGCCAGUCACCAUCCAGCAGCAGGUGCAGACAGUACAGGCCCAGCGGGUGCUGACACAAACAGCCAACGGCACGCUGCAGACCCUGGCCCCCGCCACUGUGCAGACAGUCGCCGCGCCCCAGGUGCAGCAGGUCCCGGUCCUGGUCCAGCCUCAGAUCAUCAAGACAGAUUCCCUUGUUUUGACCACACUGAAGACAGAUGGCAGCCCUGUCAUGGCUGCAGUCCAGAACCCGGCCCUCACUGCCCUCACCACCCCCAUCCAGACAGCUGCCCUUCAAGUUCCAACCCUGGUGGGCAGCAGUGGCACCAUUCUCACUACCAUGCCUGUGAUGAUGGGGCAGGAGAAAGUGCCCAUUAAGCAGGUGCCUGGGGGCGUCAAGCAGCUCGAGCCCCCCAAAGAAGGAGAGAGGCGGACAACACAUAAUAUCAUUGAGAAGCGAUAUCGUUCCUCCAUCAAUGACAAAAUCAUCGAGUUGAAGGAUCUGGUCAUGGGGACAGAUGCUAAGAUGCACAAGUCUGGCGUUCUAAGGAAGGCUAUUGAUUACAUCAAAUACUUACAACAGGUGAAUCAUAAACUGCGUCAAGAGAACAUGGUACUAAAGCUGGCAAAUCAGAAAAACAAGCUCCUAAAGGGCAUCGACCUAGGCAGUCUGGUGGAUAACGACGUGGACCUGAAGAUCGAUGACUUUAAUCAAAAUGUCCUUCUGAUGUCCCCCCCAGCCUCUGACUCAGGAUCUCAGGCUGGCUUCUCCCCGUACUCCAUUGACUCUGAGCCUGGAAGUCCUCUUUUGGAUGAUGCAAAGGUCAAAGAUGAACCGGACUCUCCUCCUGUAGCCCUGGGCAUGGUGGACCGCUCUCGGAUUCUGCUGUGUGUUCUCACCUUCCUGGGCCUCUCCUUUAACCCCCUGACUACUCUGCUGCAGUGGGGAGGGGCCCAAGACUCAGACCAGCAUCCAUACUCAGGCUCUAGCCGCAGUGUGCUGUCACUCGAAUCAGGUCCUGGGGGCUGGUUUGACUGGAUGAUGCCAACACUGCUCCUGUGGUUGCUAAAUGGUGUGAUUGUCCUGAGUGUCUUUGUGAAGCUGCUGGUCCACGGGGAGCCAGUGAUCCGGCCACACUCACGCCCCUCAGUCACCUUCUGGCGGCACCGGAAGCAGGCAGACGUGGACCUUGCCAGGGGGGAUUUUGCAGCUGCGGCGGCCAACCUACAAACCUGCCUGUCGGUUUUGGGUCGAGCACUGCCCACUUCCCGCCUGGACCUGGCCUGCAGCCUUUCCUGGAAUGUGAUCCGCUAUAGCCUGCAGAAGCUGCGCCUGGUGCGCUGGUUGCUCAAGAAAGUCUUCCAGCGCUGGCGAGCCACCCCAGCCACUGCAGCUGGCUUUGAGGACGAGGCUAAGAGCAGUGCGCGGUAUGCAGCCCUGGCCUAUCACAGGCUGCACCAGCUGCACAUCACAGGAAAGCUCCCUGCAGGGUCCCCGUGCUCAGAUAUGCAUAUGGCUCUGUGUGCCGUGAACCUGGCGGAGUGUGCUGAGGAGAAGAUCCCGCCAAGCACGCUGGUGGAGAUCCAUCUGACAGCCGCCAUGGGGCUCAAGACCCGGUGUGGAGGCAGGCUGGGCUUUUUGGCCAACUACUUCCUCAGUCGCGCUCAGAGCCUGUGUGGGCCCGAGCACAGUGCUGUCCCAGAUUCUCUGCGCUGGCUCUGCCACCCGCUGGGCCAGAAGUUUUUCAUGGAACGGAGCUGGUCAGUGAAGUCUGCAGCCAAGGAGAGUCUGUACUGUGCCCAGAGGAACUCAGCUGACCCCAUUGCCCAGGUCCACCAGGCCUUCUGUAAGAACUUGCUGGAGCGAGCUGUAGAGUCCUUGGUGAAACCUCAGGCCAAGAAGAAGGUUGGAGACCAGGAAGAAGAGAGCUGUGAAUUCUCCAGUGCUUUGGAGUACCUGAAAUUACUUCAUUCUUUUGUGGACUCGGUGGGGUUUGCAGCCCCGCCAUGCUCUAGCAGCUCUGUGCUCAAGUCAGCCCUCGGGCCAGACCUCAUCUGCCGCUGGUGGACAUCCGCAGUCACGUUGGCCAUCAGCUGGCUCCAGGGAGAUGAUGCGGCUGUGCGCUCCUGUUUCACGGAUGUGGAGCGUGUUCCCAGCGCCCUGGAAUUGACCGAGAGCCCCCUGGUGAAGGCCGUCUUUCAUGCCUGCAAAGCUAUGCACGCCUCACUCUCUGGGAAAGCUGAUGGGCAGCAGAAUUCCUUCUGCCAUUGUGAGAGGGCCAGCGGCCACCUGUGGAGCAGCCUCAAUGUCAGCGAGGCCACUUCUGACCCCGCCCUCAACCACGUGGUCCAACUGCUCACCUGUGAUCUGCUACUGUCACUGCGGACAGCACUUUGGCAAAAGCAAGCAGGUGCCAGCCAGGCCGUGGGUGAGACCUACCACGCAUCAGGCACUGAGCUGGCUGGCUUCCAGCGAGACCUGGGCAGCCUGCGCAGGCUGGCACACAGCUUCCGCCCAGCGUACCGCAAGGUGUUCCUGCACGAAGCCACCGUGCGCCUAAUGGCAGGAGCCAGCCCCACUCGCACACACCAACUGCUGGAGCACAGCCUGCGCCGCCGCACUACUGAGAACUCGAAGCAUGGAGAGGUGGACGCCUGGCCUGGCCAGCGAGAACGGGCCACUGCCAUCCUGCUGGCAUGUCGCCACCUUCCUCUCUCCUUCCUCUCCUCCCCGGGCCAGCGAGCCGUGCUUCUGGCCGAGGCUGCCCGCACCCUGGAGAAGGUGGGCGACCGGCGCUCCUGCAGCGACUGCCAGCAGAUGAUUGUCAAGCUAGGCGGCGGCACUGCCAUCGCAGCCUCCUGACAGCCAGGCAUGGCUCACCCCCUGCCUUUGUCUUACUGUCUCCCCCAGGACCCCUGUCUCCCAGACUGUCUCCCUCUGCUCUCCUCUUUGAGAGCUGUGGGGAUGGCCUCACCUUCUGAGCUGCUAGCAGCAAGGCUUUGGGACCACUGCAGGCCAGAGGGCCCGAGCAGAGUUCCCCAAGCUGUGAGACACCUUGGUGCAUGCUCUCGUGUGACCGCAGGCAGAUGGAGUGGUGCCCUCCCUGGGAGCCCCUCAAAGACCCUGCACAUCCCCCAUCUGCUUUCUCAUUUUUUACAGGCUUUCUCUCUGGAGGGCCAGGUCUCUGUGCCGUGGUACAGUGCCCAGCACACCCUCCCCCUUUUUAUAUGAGUGUUUUUAUACCUGUGUGCUUGGGUCUGCUGUGAUGCAGGGCAAAACUGCUGUGGCACCCUGUGUCUCCCCAGGUUUGCACCCUCCACUGUGUGUGACUUAACAGUAUAGUGUGCUGCUGUCAUUCCAUGGGACAGCAGGGAAGGAAGGAAGGAGCCCAGCCUGGGAGGUGCUUGGGAAGCAGAGGUAACCCUGGGUAUGGGUAAAGUAAUGUUGGCAUUAUUUUUUAAUUUUUUACAAAAAUAAACGGUAUCUUAUUUAAUUGUCCUGUUCUUCCCACUCCCCGCCCCCUGGGACAUUAGUCCAAGCUCAGGGUAGGCCCGGGGCUGGGGGGAACAAAGCCACCUCUUGGGCCUGGGGACCAGGGGUCUUCAGUACAGCUUGGUUGCCUCCUACCCCUACCCUAACUCCUACCUCCAUUGCAUAUUUUCAUUCCUAAUUCUUGUCUUGAAAAUGAGCCAAGGUAGCAGGGAACAGCCCCAACCCUCCCCAGUGACAUGCCUCUUCUGGCUGGGGGCCAGAACUGAGGUCCCUCCCCUUGAUGGGGGAUCAGGUCAGGAUCCCCUGGCACAGUGCCUCCCUGGUGAUUUCCCCCAGGGCUGCAGCCCUUGUGCCUCUGGAGGGGUACAGUACUUUUUAACCCUUGGAACUGCCAGGGGCAGGGGGUGGCUGCACAGCAGGGCACCCUUGGUCAGCUUGGACCCCACGCAUUCUGUCUCUCACCCCUUCCCCGCCACUGUAAUUUAUGCACCCUGCCCACUAGGGCAGUGCAGCCCUUGUGUCACAUGUAUAUACUGUGCCUUUUCUCCUUACUGGUUUUAUUUGGGGGGGUUGGUUUUUCACUGAAAAAGGGGAAUACAUGGACGGUUUUCUUAAUGUUCAAUCAUUACCAUGUCCUGGACAUUGGUUAUUCAAUAAACACCGAUUGGUACCAC